AUGCUUGCUUUAAUCGCAUUCGCAAGAAAUCCUAAUUAUUAUAAUCUGUUUCGCUUUAUUAAGAACGAUUAUGAAUAUGAUGAUUGGCUGUAUGCUGAUGACCAAAGUGAUAAAUUCAGCUGCACCUUUUAUCCAGAUGAAAAUGAAAACUUAUGGGAAAUUGGAGAUUAUUUCAACAGCGAAGACUAUGAAGAUGAGUACCCAUGUUAUGACCUUGAUGAAGAUGGAAACAAAUGGAAGUAUGGAGUCCAAUUCACAAAGAACGAUGAAGAAGAAGAUAAUAGGCGACUUGUUGAUUUGAGGAAGUUAGGAAAGGUACACUCACUUGACGAAGAUGGGAAUAAAUGGAAAGUGAGUGUUCACAUUUCACAUUCGAAAAUAAUUAAUUAA